UUGCCGCUCCAAAGCGGAUAAAACAGCCGCAAUGGAGCGCCGGCGACCGGCAGAGGGCUCUGGACCGCAUGACGGUUUGCUAAAACCGGUAGGCUUCGCUCGUUUGACGCUACUGGAUCUAGGGAGGAAGAGGCCGAUCUCUCCAGCCGGACGGCGGGGUUAUAUCCGGAGACAGGUAAACAGGCUUAGUGUGGGCACAGCCGGAGGGAUCCUAUUCGAUCCCUCCGGUGCAGGAAGGAGGGAUCGGACUGAGGGGGGAUCCCCACUCAGGUUUUUUUCAAAAACCCCCUAAAAAAAAAUUCCAUCCCACGGGGUUCAAUAAACACCCCACCCCGCGCGAAACUGCCGCCCUUCCCGCGUGUAUCUUUCGAACGAUCGGCGCAAACAUCAAAGGGGAGAGAGAAAGCCACGAUCAAAGCAAGUCCGAACGUGACGUCAUAAGAAUUCCGAGGCGAUCCCUUUGAAGUCAGGCGUCAGUAGAAUUCCCAGGCUUCGAAAGGGGAGGGGCGCGGAAGUCAGCUUUUCAGCCUUUCAAACCCACCCACCCCCUUCCACGCCUUCCAGGAUCUGGACUACAGCCCCCAUCGGUCGCAGCCCUCGGGGUUGGGAAUCGCCUUUCAGAGCACGAGGUGAGCCUCAAAUCCACCAAAGUAACCCGGGAAGUUUUGGGACUGCUCAGGAGACCUUUGAGAGCAAAAAGAAGAAAAAAGCGCUCUGUAUAAGCUCAGGGGAACUGUUCCUGGCUGACCCAAAGGUGCUUUUUUUUUUUUUUUUUUUUCAAGAGGCCACUGGACUUUCUGUUUUGUUUUUUUUUUAUUGAAAAGUUUUAUAAAAGAUACAAACAUCUUGGAGCAACGUUGGAUCGCAGAGCUCUAGCUGGGCACCGUGGAAGUUGUAGUCUUAAAAUGAUCUGGAUGGGAUGAAGGCCAUCAUCCCUCAUUUGGUUACCUUUUGGAGCCAGUGACUCUUUUCCGUUUCGGCCUACCUUGUAUGGUGGUUGUCCCAAAAGUGCUGUGAAGGCAUUGUGGUUCCCCAAACAGCCACGUUUGAUGGAGCCAGGAGAGACUCCAGGGACCCCAAUGGCGCAAAGUCCCAUCCUCCAGAACAUAGAUGCAGAGUGCCAAGUAAUUCAAAGGCCAAAGGCUCAGGAAGACGAGAAGAAGACAAUUUCCAGUUCGGAUAACUCUGAACCAUUAGGCGUACGUGAGAAAUUGUUAAGCAAAUCCCAUUUCCACACUCUGAAGGAGGAAGAGAACUUGGAAAACAAGCCAAACAAUGAAGACUGGGCAAAUAAAACUAUAACUCAGCCCCUUCAUCAUGGACCAGGCAAUAUAAGCAAUGCAGAUAAAAGCAAGAAACAACUUGUGUGCAGCCGAUGCAGAAAAAGUUUCAGCAGUACCUCCAAACUUAUUGCUCACGAGAGAAUCCACACCGGAGCAAAACCUUAUAAGUGCGGUCGUUGCGGGAAAAGCUUUGGCAAGAAAUCGACUCUCGUUGCUCAUCGGAGAAUCCAUCUGGAGGAGAGACCGUACAGAUGCAGCGUGUGUGGGAAGAGCUUUCGGCAGAUCUCCAGCCGCGUUGCCCACGAGCGAAUCCAUACCAAAGAAAAACCCUAUGCUUGCCCGGAGUGCGGGAGGAACUUCAGGCUGAAAUCGAGCUUGGUUGCCCACCGAAGAAUCCACACGGGAGAAAAACCUUACGCGUGCUCUGAAUGCGGGAGACAUUUCAGCCAGAAAUCGGCAUUGGUUGCGCACGGGCAAGCCCACAAAGGUGAGAAACCCUACUCUUGCUCGGCCUGCAGGAAAAGUUUUAGCCAGAGCUCCAACCUCAUUGCUCACGAGAGAAUCCACACUGGGGAAAAACCCUAUCGCUGUCCUCACUGUGGGAGAGGUUUCGCCUGCAGCUCCAGCCUCGUUCGGCAUCAGAGGAUCCACACGGAAGACAAACCGUAUGGAUGUGCGGCCUGCGGGAAAACCUUCAGCUGCAAUUCGAGCCUCAGCAGACACCGGCGGACCCACACGGGGGAGAAACCCCACGAAUGCCCCGAUUGUGGCAAAACCUUCAGUGUGAGCUCCCAACUCGGCGUGCAUCGGAGGACCCACACGGAAGAGAAGCCCUAUGAAUGCUCGGAAUGUGGGGAAAGCUUCAGUGUGAUGUCGAGCCUUAACGCCCACCAGAGAACGCACGCGGGUAUGAAGCCUUACAAAUGUUCUGACUGUCCCAAAAGCGUUUAUCUAAGGUCGAGUCUCACAGCUCACAAGAAAAGGCACAGAGAAAAGGCAUUCGAUUGCAUAGAGUGUGGCAAAACCUUCAGCUGCAGCUCCGGGCUCAUCCGCCACCAGAGAAUUCACACGGGGGAAAAACCUUUCCGUUGCGGAGACUGCGGGAAAAGCUUCGUCUUGAGCGCCAACCUUAUCGCACACCAGCGAAUUCACACGGGAGAAAAGCCGUACGAGUGCUUGGAAUGCGGCAAAUUGUUCAGUGUGAGUUCGCAGCUCAGCAUCCAUCAGAGAACCCACACGGGAGAAAAACCGUAUGCGUGCUCUCAUUGCAGCAAGAGCUUCACGUGCAACUCUGCUCUUAUUAGACAUCUGAGGAUCCACACCGGAGAAAAACCGUAUCAGUGCUCGGAGUGUGGGAAAAGAUUCAAUCUAAAUUCGAAUCUGGUCGUCCAUCAAAAAACCCACGCUGGAGGGAAGCCCUAUAAAUGCAUAUACUGCGGGGAAAGUUUCUAUACAAGGCCCCAUUUUGUAGAGCAUCAUAGAGCCAGGCACUUGGAUGCUGUAAAUACGAAAACAGCUGAAAGCAACGUUAAUUCUAAAUCCAUUAAUUACCAAAUAAACUAUGUAGGAUGGGGUUGAUCAAAUGGGUGGAGAGGAGACUGAAUCCACUGGAAAGCUUUACAACAGGGGUCUCCAAACUUGGCAACUUGUGGACUUCAACUCCCAGAAUUUCAGUGUUGAAAUCUAAAAUUUGUUACUACCGGUUCUGUGGGCCUGGCUUGGUGGGGGGGGAUAAUGUGACUGGGUGGGCAUGGCCAUUUUUAUUUAUUUUUUUACUUUUAAAACCAUUUUUUCUACAACCUCUUCAGCAAAGAGGUUGUAAAAAAAUGCUUUCAAAAAGCUCUGGCGAUCCCAGCUGAGUUGCCUGAUCGGCAGAGGCUUUUUUUCUUUUAAAUGCUUCUGACAAUCCAAGCUGAGUUGCCUGAUCGGCAGAGGCUUUUUUUUUUUUACUUUUAAAAGCAUUUUUUCGGCCGAAGAGGUUGUAGAAAAAAUGCUUUUAAAAGCCUUUGACGAUCCCAGCUGAGCCGCGCAAUCAUCAGAGGCUUUUUUUUUUUACUUUUAAAAGCAUUUUUUUGGCCGAAGAGGUUGUAGAAAAAAUGCUUUUAAAAGCCUUUGACGAUCCCAGCUGAGCCGCGCAAUCAUCAGAGGCUUUUUUUUUACUUUUAAAAGCAUUUUUUCAGCUGAAGAGGUUGUAGAAAAAAUGCUUUUAAAAGCCUUUGACGAUCCCAGCUGAGCCUCACGAUCAUUAGAGCCUUUUUUUUUUACUUUUAAAAGCAUUUUUUCGGCUGAAGAGGUUGUAGAAAAAAUGGUUUUAAAAGUUAAAAAAAAAAAGCCUCUGAUGAUUGCGUGGCUCAGCUGGGGGGGGUGGCGGCAGGGAUUUUUGCUACCAGUUCUCCAAACCACCCAUCUCCAUCGCUACCGGAUCCGAACCGGGAGCAUUUCACCCCUGUUCCCUUCCCCCAGAAUUCUGGGAGUUGAAAUCUACAAGUCUUCAAAGUUGCCAAAUUUGGAGACCCCUGUUUUACAUGAACCAUUUUGCAAAAGAUACUCUGUUGCUUCUCACAGUUCUAAGCCUUAUCUUUGGACAAUGCUAGCCAUUUCUUGGAUGUUUAAGGAUCCUAAAACUCCACCCUUCUUUGGGUUCUGCACCUAUAUUUUUAGGGGGGAAAUUUCAAGGAAGGUAGAAAGUCCAUGGGGAAAAAAUCCUUUUGGUUUAUCCACAUUUACAGGUCGCUGUACCUUUAAGUAGCAAAGCUCCAAAGUUGUAAAAAUGGGACUAAUUCAAUAAAAAUAAGAACUUUUUUUUAAAAACAGGAGAAAACGAUGGCCUUGUUUUUUUAUAUACAAAACACAUUUGUGAUGCCCAGAAACAUUGUUUAUUUCAAUGCCUGGCUUUUUUUUUUUGUUUAAAGUCACAACAGGAAGAGUGAGGGCCUGCUGGCUGUGAGGAAUUCUGGGAGUUGAAGUCCACCCAUCUUAAAAGUUGCCAAGUUUGAAAAAAACACUGAUCCAUAAUGUCAUGAUCUAGGAUGGGCCUGGUUGUUGGAGGGAUUGUCUGCCUACUCCAUAUUCCCAAUGGUAAGAUGGGGCAGUGUAUAAAUUUAAUAAAUACCGUAUUUUUCGGAGUAUAAGACACACCUUUUUCCCCCCUAAAAAGGGGUGAAAAUUUAGGUGGGUCUUAUACACCGAAUGUAGCCCCGCCCACCCACUGGCCCCCACCCUUUGGCCUCUGCCUCACAGCAUUUACCUCCUUGCAAGCAAACAGUAAGAAAAAACAGCUCCUUUCAGCUUCAGCACAGCCUAAUUAGCACAAGUUGAUUGGCUCGGCCUCCCGACUCUCAGCUGUUUUGCUCUCAGCUGUUUUGCACAGGGCUCUGCUGCUUGCUACAAAGAGGUAAAUUGCUGGAGCAGAUUUUUUUUUUCCUUGUUGCUAAUCCAGCUAUGCUGAAAACAAAAAUGAAAGUAAAGCAGGCUGUUUGCUGCAAGGAGGCAAAAGUGCUCAGAGGCAGAGGGAGAUUUCUUUUUUCUUCUUUUCCUCACCAAAAAAGGUAGGUGCGUCUUAUACUCCAGUGCGUCUUAUACUCUGAAAAAUACGGUAAAUAAAAAUAAUCCAGCAAAAUCAGCAUGUUCCAGGUUCCACCAAUUAUUAAGCAAUGGCCGUUAAUGAGACCCAAGAAACCAGCAAUAUAGAUAUUCUCCUAAGAAUCCAUAUGACCCCCAUCCUGGCUUGGGGAAUUCUGGAAGUUGAAGUGUCCACACAUCUUAAGAGUUUGAGAGACAUUGAUUUAAAUAAAUCCUUAAAACCUG